AUGUCAAUAAGUGUAGAUUAUGGGUAUAGAAUGUCAAUUUUUUAUUAUAAGAUUAAUUUUUUAUAAUUGCGAUUAUUAUAUAAGGUAAUUAAAAAAUUUGAAUCAGAAACAUAUCCUUAAUUAUUAAAAUUAAGUAUGCUCACAAAAGCAUUGGCCAGAUAGAUGCGUGUAGCAUUCUCUGCUGCAAAGAAGGAAGCAUCAACUUCAACAAAAUAGGCAACAGCAACAACAGGGUAGAUUGCCUAAGUCAUUGGUGCAGUUGUAGAUGUGUAAUUUGAUGGUCCUUUACCUCCUAUUUUGAAUGCUUUGUAAGUUUAAGGAACAAGUCAUAAAUUGAUAUUGGAAGUGGCUCAACAUUUAGGUGAUAGCAGAGUCAGAACAAUCGCCAUGGAUUCAACAGAGGGACUUAUUCGUGGUUAACCAGUUUCAGAUUUGGGUGGUCCAAUUACAAUUCCAGUUGGCCCUGAAACAUUGGGACAGGCCCAAUCGAAACUAAAAUCAGAUAUCCAAUUCUACAGAGAAGCCCCAAGCUUUGUUGACUAAGGUAGUGGUGCUGAAAUCUUGAUCACUGGUAUUAAGGUGGUCGAUUUAUUGGCUCCAUAUGCUAGAGGUGGUAAAAUCGGAUUGUUCGGUGGUGCAGGAGUCGGAAAGACUGUGUUAAUUCAAGAAUUGAUUAAUAAUGUUGCUAAAGCCCAUGGUGGUUAUUCAGUGUUUGCAGGAGUAGGAGAGAGAACAAGAGAAGGAAACGACUUAUAUCAUGAAAUGGUUGCCUCUGGUGUCAUCAACUUGAGUGGUGGAUCAAGAUGUGCUCUCAUUUAUGGAUAAAUGAAUGAACCCCCCGGUGCCAGAGCCAGAGUUGGUUUGACUGGUUUGACAGUUGCUGAAUAUUUCAGAGAUGAAGAAGGAAAAGAUGUGUUACUCUUUAUUGACAACAUUUUCAGAUUCACAUAAGCAUGUUCAGAAGUGUCAGCCUUGUUGGGACGUAUCCCAUCAGCUGUCGGUUAUCAACCAACAUUGGCAACAGAUUUAGGUCAAUUGUAAGAACGUAUCACAACAACCAAGAAGGGAUCCAUCACAUCAGUCUAAGCUAUUUAUGUACCUGCAGAUGAUCUUACAGAUCCAGCACCUGCCACAACAUUUGCUCACUUGGAUGCCACCACUGUGUUGUCCAAGAGCAUUGACUGA